AUGACCUCCGUUCUUUCUUGUGGAAACAACGUUGUUUAUUCGUCGAUCCGUACACUUCAUGGCCUAGCAGCAGACGGCAAGGCGCCCGCGAUAUUUGCCAAGUGCAACAGGUUCGGUAUCCCGAUCUACUCGGUCAUCGCGGCGCUUGCGUUCUGCCUUCUUUCCUUGCUGCAGCUUGGCAAUACCUCUGCCACUGUCCUCGACUGGCUGGUGGGAAUCUGCACUGCAUCAUACAUGAUCAACUACUUCUCCACAGUCGUGACAUACCUGCAUUUCUACGCCGCUCUCAAACGCCAGGGUAUCGACCGAAAGACUUUGCCAUACCGGGGAUACUUUCAGCCCUAUGCGGCGUACUAUGCCGCGGUGAUGACAUUCGUUGUGGCCUUGAUCCUCGGGUAUUCCGUGUUCAUUGAUGGGCAUUGGGACAUCUCGACGUUCUUUACCUCUUACCUGAUGAUUGGCUUUUUCAUAGUGGCUUUUGUCUUCUGGAAGCUCUUCAAGCGGACACGCUAUGUCCGACCGGAAGAGGCGGACCUUCAGCUUGGAGGCAUAAAAGCCCAGAUUGACCUCUACGAGGCAUUGUAUGAGCCACCGAAAAGAGGCAAGACUUCGGGUUGGCUCAACAGCUGGUUCGAGUAA